ACAUAGCUGAACAGGUGGUAUCACACGUGAUAGUAUUAGAUACACCAGCUCAGCAGACAAUAUCACACAUGAUAGGCUUAGAUACAUAUGUGGUAGCCCUUGGGGGGUGUAUGGUAGUGGGGGUGUUGUUUAGGUAGAUGAGGGGUUAAGGUUAACCCUAUAGUUCGUGACGCCAGGCUGAGGGCUAGUAUGCUGAGGUAAUUCUCCGGCCUAUCGCCGCCCUUCCCAGUAACGAUAGGUGCAUGCACAAAAUGACUGAAGGUCCACAGGGUACUGGAACUUGAACUUGGAUAAACUUUACUGAAAGGCUUGCGGUACAUCCGAUGCACAAUAACAGUCUCAUGCAAACAGUCUCUAUAUAGUUCAGUGACUGACAGUUGUUGCGGACCUUGAAUAGUAAUACAAGUCUCUGAAUUUAGGGUAAUUUGCGAAGAUCCGUCCGGAUUUAGGGGAUAGAUAAGGUCCGGUGAUCCUGCAGAGUGCUUAGGGAUUGAUACACUCAUGAUUCUGAAUAGAUCAGCCGUUGCCUCAAGGCUCGGGCCUAACUCACUGCGGAAGAUAGCUGCGCAGAUCCUGCUCGUUUGACAGCCCGGGAACAAGAGAGAUGCUUACUGCUUGGCUGCACAGGAACAAGAGAGAGAAUCAUGGCCGCCGCUCCCUUAUAUGGGCAGGGGCGGGGUUAUUUUGAUUGGGUCCGAAUAUCUGUCACUCACCGUCACAAAGCAUGGUGGGUGCAAUACGUCACAGGGACCUCCAAAGGUCCUUAAGCAAAAAAACAUAGAGUUUACCCGAUCACGUGACCCGCAGGUCCUGCCACGCUCCGGACAGAUUCCAUGAAGGCGAGAGCUGCUCUGCGCAGAGAGGUCUUCUCAAAGCUGCGGGACCACUGCCGCCAUGUGCAUGGGAUGGAGUUUCAGGUUUUAGAUGGUUAUCAUGGAAUCCAUCCUGUUGACUUUUACAGUACAAAAGUUCGACAGAUUCGCAUGCAGCUUCUGGAGGAAUGUCUGGGGACCUCAGCCGGGCCCUGCUUUGUGGCUCUAAUCGGGGAGGAAUACGGUCAGCCCUGUCUACCUACAGACAUCGAGUGUGAGGAGUUUGAGAAGAUUCUACACAUUGCUGAGGAAAAUAAAGUCUGCACAAGGGUUCUCCAGACCUGGUACCUUCGAGACGAAAACGCCAUCCCACCAGCCUAUACUCUGCUGGAUAAGGGGGAACAAUUACACUGGGAACCAGGGCAGAUCUCAGAUCACCCUGACUCGCUGCAUGUGGCUUCUCAGGAAAUCCGACAGAUCUUGGGGGCCAUUGUUCCGCUAUGUGUGCAGAAAGGGAUUCUGGGAGAGGACCAGGCACAGAAGUAUUUCACAUCAGCCCUUGAAGAUGAACUUUUAUUCGCCCUACAAAAGGCUCCGAAACGUGAUGCGCAGAGAAGCAUCUGCUACAUACACAAGGUGCCCUAUAAAGCCAUACAGAAACAAAGAGGGCUCUCCGAGGGUUACUCCAGGCUGUGCCACCUCCGAGACGUCUUCCUUCCAGCCCUGUCUUACUCUGAGGGUCUGCACGUCUACAGCACCACUACAACGUGCGACAUCAAAGUGGGCUACACGGAGGAGAAGGAGCAGGUCUAUGUGGAGGGGCUCUGCAGACAGUUCCAUGGAGACAUGAAGAAGAUCAUUGAUGAUCACGCCAGGAGGUGUCCCAGACCCCUAAAUAAUGGCUCUGAGGAUGUUCUUCAUCACCUUUCCAUAUGUACCAUGUAUUCAGGCCUGCAGGAAUAUGAGUUCAGAGAGGAAGAGAAUAUAAGACGGUAUAUUCUGUAUGAUGAGUCCGGGAAACUGCUGGUUGUGUCCGGGGAAUCGGGCUGCGGGAAGACGCUACUUCUGGGAUCUUGUGCGAAGAAGGUGCGUUUAUGGCUCGGAGACUCGGAUCCCGCAGUUGUUAUUCGCUUUGUUCCCCCCUUUGGCGAACCUUUGACUCUGCGCAGUUUACUAAUGGGGCUAUGUCAACAAUUGUCCAAUAUUUACAAGGUGCCCGUUCAGGCCUAUGUUGAUGAUAUGACCAUGUUGGUAGAAUGUUUUUGUGGCCUCCUUCUCAUACCUUCUAAGCAAAGACCUCUGAUCCUGAUACUAGAUGGGGUUGAGAACUUGAUACAUUGUUGCAACGCAGAACCCUUUUGGUGGUUGCCGUCUUCUCUUCCACAAUUUACCAAGAUAAUUUUAUCUAUAACCGAGGACAAGUGUGUAAACGAAAACCAAGGGAGCCAUGGAGACCAGGUUCUGCUCCUUCAUGUGAAGCCAACCAGAAAGGAAUGCAAUGACAACUUGACGAUAAAGUUGUUGAAUAAUCGGAGGAAAAUCACUUCAGGUCAACAAAUUUAUGUCAACAGAUCCAUGGGAAGCCACACUUCUCCACUGCAGAUGCUCCUGCUCUUUAAGGAAGUCAAGGGAUGGAAAUCCCACCACGAUGUUGAUAGUCAACCCCUUGGGGAAAAUGCUUAUCAGUCAAUGGAAAGAUUUUUCCAAAAACUUGAAACAAAGUAUGGAUAUGAGUUUAUUUCCAGGAUACUGAGUUACAUCACGCUGUCUAGAUCUGGGAUAGGAGAAGUUGAGCUUGUGGAUGUACUGUCAGCUGAUGACAUAUCCCUCACCCAGCUAUAUCAUGUCCAGGACACUGUGGGGGUUUUGAGGAUACCGGACUGGCUCAUUGCUAAUAUCCUACAUGACUUGAAGGACUGCAUUGCCUACAGGGUUGUGAUGGGACACAGAUUACUAUGGUGGACAAACAGACUUUACCAUAAGUUGGCGGCUCAACGAUAUCUGAAAAGUCAAGAAGUAAUUUGUAAGCUACAUGCAAGUAUGUGCGACUAUUUUGGGGGCCGCUGGGCAAAUGGAAGAGCUAAGUUGAUAUCUGCGAACCAAAGAAACAACCUACAAGCAAAAGAACAGCACUUCAAAUCCAUUUCUUCCGUGGUCCGUGGGCUAGCAAAAAUUUAUGUUAACCGUAAACUUCCAUCUCAACCAUGGUCUUUCAUUGGUCAACGUAUGGCCAUUUACAAUAUACGAAAGGCCUUUGACCUACCUUAUCACCUGAAAGAAUCUGGCAAACUGGUCAAUCUCUAUAAUGAUGUACUGAUGGUGGUGCCAUAUUACAAGACCCUCCUAAACACUGGUCACAUAAAUACAUUGAUCAGUACUGUAGAAGACGCAGCCAAAAUAUUGGAGAGGAACGAAGUUUACCUCAUCUGUGACAUACUCAAAGAAACAAGGUGUCUUCUGAAUGAAAAUCCCAAUGGCUUUGAGAUAAUCAUGCAGUCAAAAAUGGUUCCCCUCACAUCUCUUUAUCCUUGCCUGUCAAAGUUUGCCAAACAUAUAUUUAGUGAGGCCAUGAAAAGUUCUUUCCUGAUCAUCUUGAACUCAGCCCAACUCGUGUUGCCACCUACUAAAGUUGAGUUCCAAGAGUCGUCAAUUGUUGUCACCAUGUUGGAGAUGACGACAAAAUCUCAACUACUCAUAGUACUUCAAAGUGGUGGCAUUUACACUUGGAGCAGAAAAAACAAUCCAUCUUUGGUAUAUCAACUACCAAAGGACAUGAAGGUCACUAAUGCUGCUUUAGAAAACAAGGAUCUACAUCUGGCUCUUUUCACCAAUCGACAGUCAAUUGUCCUUGUUGACUGCUCAUCUUGGACUUUUCUCAAAGACAUUUGUGAUGGUGUCCAAGAAGCCCAGCUGAUCCCUCAAAGUCAUCUCCUGUCUCAGUCAAUGCUUUUUGUGUGUUUUGUUAAUUCUCCACUGAUCAGAAUUUACAGUGUUCCUUCUGGUGAUCUUCUUAGAGAGGUCCCAUUUGCCCAAAAUAUCACUUAUUUUGCCUGUGUUGGAAACGGAGACAAUAUUGUCAUUGGUCAAGCAGAUGUGAUUAUUGUUUAUGAUGAUGGUUUUGUAUCAGAAAAAAUUUCUUUGCAGGUUGAAGCUUCAAAAAAUGGUAUACAGGAUGUGUAUAUCCAUGGAUCAGAUGUAUACGUCAUCGAUAUAGCAGGUCAUCUCAGGAUCUGGAACAUAGCAGAUCCUUCUAAGCCAGAACUUUCAGAUGAACAUUAUUCCAAUGAAGUCUACACUAAUGUGAUAUCUACAGAAUUUUCCACUAAGCACCUACUAAUAUGUAAGAUGACAACACUUGAUGUAUAUGAAACUUUAACAUUAGAAAAAAAUAGUUUCAAACCUCCUCAUAAAGACAAAUUUCUUUCUUGUGCUCUUUCUCAGAGUGGAGAACAAGUCAUUGCUCUUUUAGAGAAAGUCCCAUCGCUCUUUGUUUGGAGCAUACAGAAUGGACAAUGUAUUUCGAUGAUUGAUGUUCAAUUGGACACUGUAACACAACUAACCAAGAGCCCUCAGCUAAAUUUAUUGGGGGCAAUAACUCAGAACAAUUCUGUAUUAUUGUGGGAUUUGAAAGCUAUUGCCAGCCCAACAGCCUACUAUAAGACGGGAAACCCAAUAAGAUCAAUAGUCAUUGGCUCAAAGGAAGGCAACGCUUACACAUCCGAUGGUUCAGAUGUGGUUUGUCAAUGGGACAUCCCUAGCUCUAAAAUGAAGGCCCUUUUCAAGCAUAGCGAUCCAGUCGAAAUUAUGCGUGUAACCUCCAAUGGAGACUUUCUUAUAACAUCAGUCACAUCAGAAAUCUAUGUCUGGGAAACGGAUACAGAAAUCAAUAGACACCGCAUCCAAUGUAAGUCUGUUUCUCAGUUGCUCAUUGUUCCGCAUAAUAAUUUUGCGGUCACGCUGUGUAAUGAUGGGGUUUCUAGAGUAUGGAAGCCCAUAACUGGGGCUACAGUUUGCAAGAUACGGACUCAGCUUAGCCAAGCUGUGGUUACGGAGGAGGGAACAUUUGUUGUAGGCCUCAAUGGCAAUAGACUCUUAGCCAUCAGUUUAUGGUCUGGUUUUGUCAGUAAAGAAUUCAGCUGUAAUCAUGACCAUGACUCCAUUGUGGCUUUUCGGUGUCUCCGUAGCAAUCCAGAUUUUGUUGUCUUUAUGACAUCAAGUGCAGAAAUUUACACGUGGAACAUAGUAGAGGAAACCUUCUGCCACUUCUCCAAGGUCUCUAUCCCAUUACCAGUCCUCAGAUGUUUCUUUGAAGUCUCAUCUGAUGGAGAUAUUAUAGUAAUAAGAGUAGGUGAAGAAGUCAACGUAGUACGUGCCGUUGACCGCAAACAAUGCAUCUUGUAUACCUCUACCUCAAUUCUGUAUCAACAUUUGACUAGCGAUGGUCAGUACUUCAUUUAUGUCCUUCACAACAACCCUGUGAGUCACUGUGACUGUGACUUCCAUGGGAACCCAACUCUCAAUGUACUAGAAAUCAUUAAUGGAAGACGGGUUGGCCAUUGUCACCUUGGUAAAAUGCCCUGUGCCAUGACAGUGUCAGAUGAAGAUGGGACAGUCUGCAUUGGAUUUGCAGAUGGCACCCUUGGCCUCUACUCAAUAGCUGGAAAGUGGAAAGAAAAUAAAAAGAUUGAAACUUUUCUUACUUUUAGCAAUAAGAACGAAUCCAAUGAGGAAGCAUCUCCAUUAAAUAUGUAUGAGGGGAAAACACCUGUGGAGAUAAUAUGGAACGAGUCCUAACUCCAUCCUUGAAUGUUUGGGAGAUGAAGAAACUCUGUCGGACAAACAAUAGUGUUUUAUAAUACAGAUGAUGAACAAUGGAGAUGACGGGAAGAGUCC